CAUUUGUCGUGAAGCGGGUCGUCCUCGAUGAACGGGCCUUGCUUUUGGCGGCUAAUCCUACAGAAAAAGAGCGAGCAAGUGUGUGUUCAGCCUGAAAAAUUGUACAUGUGCUUUGUUUUUGAAGUUUUUUGUAUUUAUUGUAUUUAUUUUGAUUUUUGAAUUGUAUUAAGAUACAAUCAUUUAAUAAACUACGUUUAUUUAACUAAGAAGUUUGUCUUGGUUAUUUUUUCACAUUUAUUAAAUGAUUUGUACUGUGAUCGUGAUCAUCUAUUGAUUUCGAAUAUUGACUUUGACGUAAUUCAAGUAUUACGAAGAUUUUGGAUCGUGAUAAUUUACUGGUUACGAUUGUUGUGAUAUCGACAGCUUUUGGACGUAGCUCAAUCAUUACGAGAAUUUUGGACUUAGACUUGGAUGUAAUAUUGGGUACGAUUGUCGUUUUCACGUUUUGGACGUAGCUUAAUUAUCGCAAAAUUUGGACAAAGACGUAAUACAUUGGUUACGACAGUUGAUUUGUAUUUGGAUCGUGAUCAAUUUGUGGUUGCGAAUAUAUUGAAAUUGAUUCGGAUCGUGGUACUCGUAUCGCGAAUUUUUGAAAUUUGGUUUUAGUAUUGUAUCACCGGUAUUGAUUUUGGAAAUUUGAAUAUUUGGAUAACGGUUACUUCUUGGAAACGUAUUGAAUUUUGGACGGUACUGUUACGAUCAACAUAUAGUAAAAUAUGUUGACAAUUCCGGAUGAUGUGAAGCAACGAUUGGCUUCGGCCAGAAGUAAUGUAUCCCUUCUUCAUGUAAGACGUUGGGACAUGGCUCGGACAGAACUAUUACGUUCUGAAUUAGAUGAAUUGAACCAGAAAUUGAUCGAGCUAGUCGGAGAAGAAGAAAUUCCCGAAGAGGAAUUAAAAAGGAUGAGCGACUACAACACGAAAUUAGAUUUGUAUAUUGAACAUAUCAAAAAGAUGAAUGCGGUAGUGGUUCGAAAUCAAUUUGAUGAUCUGAACGGUACUGGUAGUGUUCAUCGUAGUUCAACCCGGUUCAAUACAAUCGUCCACGAUUUAGCGGAUACAUCAUUAUCGAAUAGAUGUCGACCAGUUAAGAUGGAUCAGUUACCGACUUUUGAUGGUAAAUUCGCAUUUUGGAAUGCAUACAAGAUCAUGAUCAAAAAUCUGUUGAUUGACAACACAUCGAUCUCGGAAGAUUUAAAGAAGUCGAUGUUGUUGAAGACAAUGAAAAAUGAACCGGAAAGAUUGGUCAUGAAUCUCAUUGGACAACGGUUAUCGUUAUCGGAAAUUUGGACUAGAAUUUGUGCAAAGUUUGACGAUCCUCAAUGCGCAAUUCUAGAAAUCAAAAAGGAUUUAGAAUCCAUUCCAAGAAUUGAAUCAGAAAAUGAUGUCCACAAUUUGAAAAGGACAAAAGAUAUAGUAGAAAAUGCCAAUUUGGCAAUCAAAAAUUUGGUUUCGGAUGUAAUGUUCUACACGAUCAACCUGAUUCAGGCAGUAGCCGCCAAAUUCUACUAUAAAGCCCAUCGUCAUAUGUUGGCCAAGAUAAAAGACUUUGAUCAAUUAGUCAGCUAUAUUGAUAAGCUAUACGAUGAAGCUCUUUGUUAUGAUUACAAUAAGAUUCGUAAAGAUAGUCCAUUGAAGAAACAAGAGCCACCGAUGAUAUCGAAUAGCACAGCCGCCAUCACGACUAAUUGCUGUUUCAUUUGUGAUAAAUUGCAUCGAAAUAAUUUUGAAUGUUUGAAAAAUUAUGAUGUCAAAACAGUAGCCAAUCUUAUCAAAUCAAAAGGAUUGUGCUUUAGAUGUUUGAAAAGAGGACAUUUAAGUAAGAAUUGUCAAAUGUCAUCGAAACUUAAAUGUGAUAAAUGUCCACGUCUUCAUGCUACCGAAAUGCCUGAAGUGAUUAUUGAAUUGUUUCAAACGAAACCCAAAGUGAUCGACGAAUCUAGUCCAGCUACGGAAGAAUUAACGGUUGGAAAUACAGCAGCGAUAUCAGUGGUUGAUCAAUCGAAAAAUGUUUUUGAGAUCAAAAAGAAUUCUAAGUCAGAAAGUCGACCGUUAUUGUAUGGGUCAUGUAAUGGAAUUCAGAGUCGUAUGCUGUUUGGUUAUGGUUCGGAUGUUUCGUUGAUCGACAAAGAAUUGGUAAAAGACAAAUCAAAUGAUUCUGACAAAAAUCGUAUCGUCUAUUCGUCGUCACCACUAGUAGGAACGGAAGCAAGUCGACGAAAAGUAUCGUUGGAAAAACAUAAAGCCAAUUUAUGUAAUGUAAAUAUUUGUACCAGACCAAUCAUCGAUUUGCCAGAAAAUGAAAAUAUUGAUGAACCAAUUAUUGAAAAUGAUAAAAUUAUUGAUCAUUCUAUGAAUGAAUUAUUUUUGAAAUCUGAUCCUGAAUUAUUGAAGUUUGAAAUUGAAAAUGAUUUGAACGUUAACGACGAAGACGUUGACGAUGAUUUGAAAAUUGUACGAAAAGAGAAUGGACGAUAUGAGGCUCGAUUGCCUUUUCUUUCAGAUAUUCGUCCAGCCAAUGAUUUUGAUAAGGCUCUUAUUGUAUGGAAUAAAUCGUUCAAACAAUCAGAAAAUAAGAGCAUGAAAAACGAAUAUGAAAAACAAUUAUUGGCUUAUGUUGCUAACGAUCAAGCAAUGGUAACGGACGAUCCAAACGGCUAUUUGUUGCCGUACCAUCCGAUUUAUCGAGAAUCCGCGUCCGCACCGUUGUGUAUUGUUUUCAACGGAUCGUUUGGAUUUGACGUUUCGAAUCAGUUGCUAUGGAAAGGCCAUGCACACGGUCUUAACAUUUUUGAUCAUCUCAUGAAAUUCCGCAAAGGAAAAUUCGCCGUAUCUGCCGAUCUGUCAAAGGCGUUUCUGCAAAUGAAAGUUUCAACAUUCGGGUUAGUGUCUUCACCCGUGAUAUUGACAUCGGUUACUAAAAAAUUAUUGUGUGAACAAAAUUUUGGAACUAUUGCUAAAUCCCGAAUCAAACAGCAUCAUGAAAUGUUAUUGCAUGAUGGUAUUGAAACUACCAUUCCUAAUUUGUAUCAUAUUGAAAAGAAAUCUGUUUAUUAUAGUAAAUUUUGUCAAAUUGAAAAGCGAAAACCUGUCGAUCAACCAUUUACUCAAUUACCAUCAACCCGAACAAGUUUUGUUGCUAUUCUUGAAGCUGUAUGUAUUGUUUUCUUUGAUCUAUUGCGAUAUCGGAACAGAAAAAAGUUUUUUGGUUUGUUGGUCAUCGGUCUUGGUUCUUGUAAUCAUGAUCUCUUAAUGAAAAUCGAAAAACUAUGGAAGCAAAAGUAUUUCGAUUCAUUGAUUCAACGUAGACGUUGUGAUUGGCCAUUGAAAUUCAAAUUCUUUGAAAUCUUCUACGAUCGGUUACGGACAUAUCCUUUUGGAAUCGGCGGGGGAGUGUCGUGAAGCGGGUCGUCCUCGAUGAACGGGCCUUGCUUUUGGCGGCUAAUCCUACAGAAAAAGAGCGAGCAAGUGUGUGUUCAGCCUGAAAAAUUGUACAUGUGCUUUGUUUUUGAAGUUUUUUGUAUUUAUUGUAUUUAUUUUGAUUUUUGAAUUGUAUUAAGAUACAAUCAUUUAAUAAACUACGUUUAUUUAACUAAGAAGUUUGUCU